UUUUCUAAUAGACAUGGACUGACGAAACACCAUCGCAAAAUGGAGAAAACACUUUAUCAGUGCGAUGUCUGCGACAAGUCGUUCUCUAAAAGUAGCAAUUUUACAGCACAUCGACGCAUGCACACUGGAGAAAAACCGUACGCGUGUGAUGUAUGCGAAAAGUCGUUCUCUGAAAGUGGCAAGUUGACGAAACACAAGCGGACCCACACUGGAGAAAAACCGUACGCGUGUGAUGUAUGCGAAAAGUUGUUCUCCGAAAGUAGCCAAUUGACGAAACACAAGCGGACCCACACUGGAGAAAAACCGUACGCGUGUGAUGUAUGCGAAAAGUCGUUUUCUGAAAGUGGCAGUUUAACGAAACACAAGCGGACUCACACUGGAGAAAAACCGUACGCGUGUGAUGUAUGCGAGAAGUCGUUCUCCACAAGUACCGAUUUGACAAUACAUCGACGCAUGCACACUGGAGAAAAACCGUUCCCUUGUGAUGUAUGUGAAAAGUCGUUCUCUAAAAGUGGCAAUUUGAUAGCACAUCGACGCAUGCACACUGGAGAAAAACCGUACGCGUGUGAUGUAUGCGAAAAGUCGUUCUCUGAAAGUGGCAAGUUGACGAAACACAAGCGGACCCACACUGGAGAAAAACCGUACGCGUGUGAUGUAUGCGAAAAGUCGUUCUCUGAAGGUGGCAGUUUGACGAAACACAAGCGGACUCACACUGGAGAAAAACCGUACGCUUGCGAUGUUUGCGAUAAGUCGUUCUCCAGAAGUACCGAUUUGACGAUACAUCGACGCAUGCACACUGGAGAAAAAUCGUACGCGUGUGAUGUAUGCGAAAAGUCGUUCUCUGAAAGUGGCAGUUUGACGAAACACAAGCGGACUCACACUGGAGAAAAACUGUUCCCUUGUGAUGUAUGUGAAAAGUCGUUCUCUAAAAGUGGCAAUUUGAUAGCACAUCGACGCACACACACUGGAGAAAAACCGUUCCAUUGUGAUGUAUGCGAUAAGUCGUUCUCUACAAGUAGCAAUUUGACAAGACAUAAGCGUACGCACACUGGAGAAAAACCGUUCCCUUGUGAUGUAUGUGAAAAGUCGUUCUCUAAAAGUGGUAAUUUGACAGCACAUCGACGCACACACACUGGAGAAAAACCGUACGCUUGUGAUGUAUGCGAAAAGUCGUUUUCUGAAAGUGGUAGUUUGACGAAACACAAGCGGACUCACACCGGAGAAAAACCGUACGCGUGUGAUGUAUGCGAAAAGUCGUUUUCUACAAGUAGCAAUUUGACAACACAUCGACGCACACACACUGGAGAAAAGCCGUACGCUUGCGAUGUAUGCGAGAAGUCGUUCUCCGCAAGUAGCCAUUUGACGAGACACAAGCGGACUCACACUGGAGAAAAACCGUACGCUUGCGAUGUAUGCGAAAAGUCGUUCUCCGCAAGUACCGAUUUGAUAGCACAUCGACGCACACACACUGGAGAAAAACCGUACGCGUGUGAUGUAUGUGAAAAGUCGUUCUCCGAAAGUAGCCAUUUGACGAGACACAAGCGGACUCACACUGGAGAAAAGCCGUACGCUUGCGAUGUAUGCGAGAAGUCGUUCUCCACAAGUACCGAUUUGACGAUACAUCGACGCAUGCACACUGGAGAAAAACCGUUCCCUUGUGAUGUAUGUGAUAAGUCGUUCUCUAAAAGUGGCAAUUUGAUAGCACAUCGACGCAUGCACACUGGAGAAAAACCGUACGCGUGUGAUGUAUGCGAAAAGUCGUUCACUGAAAGUGGCAGUUUGACGAAACAUCGACGCACGCACACUGGAGAAAAGCCGUACGCUUGCGAUGUAUGCGAAAAGUCGUUCUCCAGAAGUACCGAUUUGACGAUACAUCGACGCAUGCACACUGGAGAAAAACCGUACGCGUGUGAUGUAUGCGAAAAGUCGUUCUCUGAAAGUGGCAGUUUGACGAAACAUCGACGCACGCACACUGGAGAAAAGCCGUACGCUUGCGAUGUAUGCGAUAAGUCGUUCUCCAGAUGUACCGAUUUGACGAUACAUCGACGCAUGCACACUGGAGAAAAACCGUACGCGUGUGAUGUAUGCGAUAAGUCGUUCUCUGCAAGUAGCAAUUUGACAAGACAUAAGCGUACGCACACUGGAGAUAAACCAUACGCGUGCGAUGUUUGCGAUAAGUCGUUCUCUGAAAGUGGCAAUUUGACAAGACAUAAGCGUACGCACAUGGCACACUGAUCGGAAGUAUCAAAGAUCUAUGAUCCAAUGACCGUAUUAAAAUAAGAUACUUCUUGAUAACAUAUUACCUAUUACGGUCAAUGUGUUAAUUUUAUCGAGUAAAUAGUUGUUUCUGAAUACUUAAUAAAUUGCUAAUUUUUCACAUUAUGCUUAAAUAAAUACACAUUUCGUAUGGUUUUUAAUGUUUAAAAUAUAAUGUUUGUGUUUCUCCUUUAUUGUCAUAUCCCAAGCACGGCAUAUCUACCACGAAAUUAUUAAAAACUUAUUUUCGCCCACCAGUUCC